AUGUCAGAAGAACCAUCAACCAAGAAACAGAAAACAAGAGAACCAUUAAUAAUAAACUUUUUCCAACAAGGUACAGUAAACACUCAACCAUCAGGAUUAUGGAGUUAUCCAGGUGAUAUUUCUUCAAACUAUAAAAAAUUAAACUAUUGGACAGACUUAGCUAGAAAGGCAGAAGCUGCAAAGAUAAAUUCAAUAUUCAUAGCUGAUGUUCUUGGUCCUUAUGAUGUUUAUAAAGGUCCUAAAAAUUUCGGUAUACCAAUAAAAGCUGGUGUUCAAACUCCUGGUAUUGAUCCAAGUGCUCCAAUAACUGCAAUGGCUAGUGUUACUCAAUCUUUAGGGUUUGGUAUAACUUUCAGUACUAUUAGUGAACAUCCAUAUCAUUUUGCAAGAAGAUUAGCAUCGUUAGAUCAUUUAACUGAUGGUAGAAUUGGUUGGAAUAUAGUUUCAAGUUAUUUAGAAAGUGCUGCAAGAAAUUUAUUAUCUGGUCAAGAAUUACCUGAAAGAUUAGAACGUUAUAGAAAAACCGAAGAAUAUGUCUUAGCAGUUUAUGAAUUAUUACUAUCAAGUUGGAGAAUUGAUUCUAUUAAAGCUGAUCCAAAGACCCAUACAUAUGCUGAACCUUCAUUAGUUCGUGAAAUUAAUUUUAAAGGUGAUUAUUAUGAUAUUCCAGGUCCAGGUUAUACUGAACCAUCACCACAAAGUAUUCCUUUGUUAUUUCAAGCAGGUUCAUCACCUGGUGGGAUUGAAUUGGCUUCUAAACAUGCAGAAGUUGUAUUUCUUAAUGGUGGAUCUCCAGAGAUUCUUAAAUCUAAAAUUGAUAAUAUUAAACAAACAGCUUUAAAAUAUGAUCGUAAUCCUUCAUCAUUAAAAUUUAUAACUUUAGCAAUGGUAAUUGUAGGAAAGACACAUGAAGAAGCUGUUGCUAAGUAUGAAUCAUAUGCAAAUCAAGCAGACCCUGAAGGGGCAUUAGCAUUACUUGGUGGUUGGGUUGGUAUUGAUUUCAAUAAAUAUGAUGAUGAAGUUGAUCUGCUAACAAUUGAAGAUCAAACAACUAAAAAUAUUGUUAAAUCAUUUUGUACAUACCUGGGAUAUGAUCAGCCAAUAACUAAAUCCAGAUUAGCAAGACAUGUUUCAGUUAAAGGAUCAACUGAUCUUUUCCUUGGUUCAAUUGAAGAAGUUGCAGAUGAAAUUGAAAAAUGGGUUAAUAUUUCAGGUUUAAAUGGAUUUAAUUUUGCAAGUAGUGUUAAUCCAAAUACUUUUGAUGAUUUAGUUGAUUUAUUAUUACCAGAAUUAAGAAAAAGAGGGUUAGCACAAUUAGAUUAUCCAGUACCAAAUGGUACAUUCAGAGAAAAUACUUAUAAACAAAAAGGUCAAACUUUUGUACCACCAGAUCAUUUAGCUUUUAAAUAUAGAUGGACAAAGGGUACAAAUGAAGAAUUCACAAAAGAAUUGAAUAAACAUAAAGAAUGGAUUGAAGAAAGAAGAGCUAAAUCAGGUCCUAAAACAGAUUCAAGUUAUAUAAUUCAAAGAUGA